UAUAUAUAUAGUGAUGUUAGAGUUGUAUUGGUUUUGGAGAUUUGGAGAUUUGUUAUAAUUAGGAUUCCAAUUAAGAUUUGAACCAUGCAAGGAAUUUCAUUCACGACGUUUAGGUAUUUUUUUUAUUAUUACUUAAUUAAGAAAUUAAUCCUUUUUUUGUUUUCCCUUAUUCCAAUUAGGAUUUGAACCGUAGAAGGAAUUUAAUUCAAGACUCGUACAUAUUUUCUAAUUGCAGCAUGAUUAGGAAAUAAAAUCCCUUACGUAAUUCAAAACCCUUUUAAUUAAUACCUUUAUAAAUAUAUAGCAUCAACUCGUAGCGAUGUUUUCUCAAGUUUGGCAUACAGAAGAAACCCUCCCUCUAGCUCUUACUUUAGGUUUACAAACAAACAUGGUGGAAGAAAGUCUACGUGUCUUGCAACUAGAUCCACCGUUCUCCCCCGAUCCCAUGAAUUCUUGUUAUUUCGAUUCGCCAUGUUUAAUGUAUUCUCAGAGUAGCAAUACUUCAUGGAAAUUUUACAACUCUUUACGCAACGAAUUCUGCUAUUUGGAUCUUCCUGAACUGAAAGAUGCCGAGAUUCUCUACUCCAAGGAUGGUUGGCUUCUCAUGUCACAAAUUAAUAAUGGCCCUUUAUUUUUCUUCAAUCCUUUGACUAGGCAGAAAUUUCAACUCCCCCGUACCGAAGAGCCGUUCGACUCGGUGUGUUUCACAUCUCCGCCAACUUGCUCCGAUUGUUUUGUUUUUGGAAUAUUCGGGUCAAGUCAUUCUGAUGAAACUGAAUAUGGUCUUAUUAGAUUUGGAGAUGAAGAAUGGAAAAUAGAAUUGUAUGACGGUUUUAUGUAUGCAAAUUGUCCACCGGUUUUCCACAAUGGGUUGUACUAUUGUUUGGAUGAUGAAUGGAGGAGCUUUAGAGUUUAUGACCCCACUACCGAUGGAUGGACAAUUUGUGUUUUAAAAUUUGAUUUAUCCGAAAUGUGUUGGAAGAAGGUUGAAAGUUUAGGCGACAAAUGUCUCUAUGUUAGCCCCAAUGGAUCGUUUGCGGAGGAUUGUGGUGAGGGUAGCGAUAAGGCUAAUAAGAUAUACUUCAACAAAUUUCAUGGCAAAAACGGAGUUUGGUACUCGUUGAGCAGCGGAAUGUACCACUCCAAUGGGGGAGAUUUUGCAAGCAAGGAUGCUUAUGGGCUCACUCAAGUGGACUAUAGCACUUGGAUUAAGUCUACCUAA